UGUGUCUCGGGAGCGUGCUCUGUGUGGCCGCCGCCGCCAUGUUGUUGUGGUUGUGAGAAGGCGGCGGCAGCGGCGGUGGCGGAGGAGCAGCCGGUCGAGACGCUCCAGCGGCCCAGGCCCUGCCCCCCGCCGGCCCUGGCUGGGAGCCUUGUGGGGUGGCGGAGGAGGCCGUGCCGUGACGGGCCUCGCCAUGUCCUGCCGCCCGAAUAAGAUUAAAGUUGAAGAGCAAUCAAGGUGAUAAAGAUUUUCUUGUGAAACGUUCUGGUAGAAAAAGUUGUUGGGACAAACUUCAUUUGAUCCAGGCAUAAAGGAAAGAAAAGCCUUGCCAAGAUACCAAAGAAAGGACGGGGAUCUCUCCUCCUAAUCUGGGCCUCCUGUCAUGGAUGAAGAGACUCAGCACAGCCUUGAGUGCAUCCAGGCCAAUCAGAUCUUUCCCAGGAAGCAGCUGAUCCGGGAGGAUGAGAAUCUUCAGGUUCCUUUCCUUGAACUUCAUGGAGAAAGCACAGAGUAUGUGGGCCGUGCUGAGGAUGCCAUCAUUGCCCUUUCUAAUUACAGACUUCACAUCAAGUUCAAGGAGUCUCUUGUUAAUACCGCCUCUCAAUCUGCUGCUUCUGCAAUCCCAGUUCCAUUACAGCUUAUAGAAAGUGUUGAAUGCCGAGAUAUAUUUCAGCUUCAUUUGACUUGCAAAGACUGCAAAGUUAUCAGGUGUCAGUUCUCAACCUUUGAGCAGUGUCAAGAGUGGCUGAAGAGACUGAACAAUGCAAUCCGACCACCUGCUAAAAUAGAAGAUCUCUUCUCAUUUGCAUACCACGCUUGGUGCAUGGAGGUAUACGCCAGUGAAAAAGAGCAACAUGGAGACCUGUGCAGGCCAGGGGAGCACGUAACAUCAAGGUUUAAAAACGAAGUGGAGCGGAUGGGUUUUGAUAUGAACAAUGCCUGGAGGAUUUCCAACAUCAAUGAAAAGUACAAGCUGUGUGGUAGCUAUCCACAGGAGCUCAUAGUGCCUGCUUGGAUCACUGACAAAGAACUAGAAAGUGUCGCAAGCUUCAGGUCCUGGAAGCGCAUCCCCGCCGUCGUCUACAGGCACCAGAGCAAUGGAGCUGUCAUUGCCCGCUGUGGACAGCCGGAGGUCAGCUGGUGGGGCUGGCGAAAUGCUGAUGAUGAGCACCUGGUGCAGUCAGUAGCCAAAGCUUGUGCCUCCGACUCCCGAUCCAGCGGCAGCAAGCUGUCAACUAGGAACAGUCCCCGAGACUUCCCCAAUGCAGACCUUUCUGAUGUGGAGUUUGAUUCUUCUCUGUCAAAUGCUUCAGGAGCAGAGAGUUUAGCUGUCCAACCACAGAAGCUUUUGAUCUUGGAUGCACGCUCCUAUGCAGCAGCUGUGGCGAACCGAGCCAAAGGAGGAGGCUGUGAAUGCCCAGAGUAUUACCCGAACUGUGAAGUUGUUUUUAUGGGGAUGGCAAAUAUUCAUUCAAUUCGGAGGAGUUUUCAGUCUCUGCGAUUGCUGUGCACACAGAUGCCAGAUCCGGGAAAUUGGCUCUCAGCUCUUGAAAGUACAAAAUGGCUCCAUCACCUGUCUGUGCUUCUGAAGUCAGCACUUCUGGUAGUGCAUGCUGUGGAUCGUGAUCAACGACCAGUGCUAGCACACUGCUCGGAUGGCUGGGACCGCACCCCCCAGAUUGUGGCGUUGGCUAAGCUCUUGCUGGACCCUUAUUACCGAACCAUAGAGGGUUUCCAGGUCCUCGUGGAGAUGGAGUGGCUGGAUUUUGGCCACAAGUUUGCUGACCGGUGUGGUCAUGGGGAGAACUCGGAUGAUCUGAACGAACGUUGUCCAGUGUUUUUACAGUGGCUUGACUGUGUUCAUCAGCUUCAGAGGCAAUUUCCGUGCUCUUUUGAGUUCAAUGAAGCAUUCCUUGUGAAACUGGUGCAGCAUACCUAUUCCUGCCUCUUUGGAACAUUCCUGUGCAACAACGCCAAGGAGAGAGGGGAAAAACAUACUCAGGAACGGACAUGUUCUGUGUGGUCGCUGCUUCGGGCGGGCAACAAGGCUUUCAAAAACCUACUGUAUUCCUCUCAGUCAGAAGCCGUGCUGUACCCUGUGUGCCACGUGCGUAACCUGAUGCUGUGGAGUGCAGUGUACCUGCCCUGCCCAUCCCCGUCCACCCCCGUGGACGACAGCUGUGCACCAUACCCAGCCCCUGGCACCAGCCCUGAUGAUCCACCUCUGAGUCGGCUACCAAAGACCAGAUCAUUUGACAAUCUGACCACAGCCUGCGAGAACACAGUGCCUCUAGCCAGCCGGCGCAGCAGUGACCCAAGCCUGAAUGAGAAGUGGCAGGAGCACCGUCGCUCGCUGGAACUGAGCACUCUGGCUGGUCCUGGAGAGGAGCUUCUGGAUCCUGACAGCCUGGGGAAGCCAGCCAAAGUGCUGGGUGGUGCCGAGCUGUCUGUUGCAGCUGGAGUAGCUGAGGGGCAGAUGGAGAAUAUCCUGCAAGAGGCCACCAAAGAGGAGAGUGGGGUAGAGGAGCUUGCCCACAGGGGGAUGCAGGAGGUCAAAGAGGAGGCUCUUUUAGAAGAGGGGAGCAGGGGGAAGACCCCUGAGCUCCCAGCCAUUGUGCUUCAUCAAGAGCCAGAACUGGGUGAUGCUGCUGUAAGGAGCCAUCCAGGCACCAGCCUUCUUGUGCUCUCACAGCGUAUUCCUGAGCAGCAGGGUGGGCACAGUAUUCUCCCCAGUUCUCUACAGGAGCCCCCCCAGGGAGAGGAUGCCCAGGAGGUCCCUGUGGAACAGUCUCGAAUAGGAGCUAUCACACAGGACAGGGAGGAAGCAGUCCUUCCAAUCUCAGUAGAUGUAAAAGUUGGCUCUGGUACCUCACAGUCAAGUUCUCUGCCCUCCCAAGUUUCAUUUGAGACCAGAGGACCAAAUGCGGAUAGUUCCAUGGACAUGUUAGUGGAAGAUAAAGUGAAGUCAGAAAGUGGUCCCCAAGGCCAUGAUAAACCUUGCUUACCUGCCAGGGUAAGCAGUGGCAGGUUCAGUGGCAAGGAGGAGCUUCCUCAAGCCAUGGAGCCCAGGCCUUCAGAGAGGAGCCUGGCUGAGAGGCCCCAAGUGGGAUCUCUGGUGUAUAGGACUUCCCCCAGCGGCACCCAGAGCCCAGCGCAUUCUCCUUGUGCCUUGCCUUUAGCCGAAUGUAAAGAGGGGCUUGUGUGCAAUGGUGCUCCAGAGACUGAAAAUAAGGCCUCAGAGCAGCCCCCAGGGCAUAAUACCCUCCAGAAGUACCCUACCCCCAAUGGGCACUGCGCCAAUGGGGAGACUGGUAGGAGCAAGGACUCACUGAGCCGCCAGCUGUCUGCCACAAGCUGCAGCUCUGCCCACUUACACUCGAGGAACUUGCACCACAAGUGGCUGCACAGCCACUCGGGGAGGGCGUCUGCAACUGGCAGCCCUGACCAGCCUUCCCGCAGCCACCUGGACGACGACGGCAUGCCUGUGUACACGGACACUAUCCAACAGCGCCUGCGUCAGAUUGAGUCGGGCCACCAGCAGGAAGUGGAGACCUUGAAGAAACAAGUCCAGGAGCUGAGGAGUCGCCUGGAGAGCCAGUACCUGACCAGCUCCCUACGCUUCAAUGGGGACUUUGGGGAUGAAGUGAGUCCUUCAGAGAAAGGAGGACAUGCCCAAAGCACUCAGUUUCAACACACACAUACUUCAAUUCCUGACUCGGAAAGCAUUCUGGAUCAGAACUGUUUGUCUCGCUGCAGCACAGAGAUUUUCUCUGAAGCCAGCUGGGAGCAGGUGGAUAAACAGGACACGGAGAUGACCCGUUGGCUCCCUGACCACCUGGCCGCCCACUGCUAUGCAUGCGACAGCGCCUUCUGGCUUGCCAGCAGGAAGCACCACUGCAGGGACAUUGACCGUGUUGAUCAAACGUGGAAUUGUGGGAACGUAUUCUGCUCCAGUUGUUGUAACCAGAAGGUUCCAGUUCCCAGCCAACAGCUCUUUGAACCUAGUCGAGUGUGCAAGUCUUGCUAUAGCAGCCUGCAUCCCACAAGCUCCAGCAUUGACCUUGAACUGGAUAAGCCCAUUGCUGCCACUUCAAACUGAAGCUCAGUGACCUGGGGCGGGCAGAGGCCAAGCUGCUGUUCCUCUGACAGGCCCACAACAGCCUGGGCAGACUGAGAGGCCCAUGCACUUUGGAAUGGGGACAUGGAACCAACUGUGCAGAGUGAUGGAAAUUUGGGAUGUACCACUGGAUUGUAGAUUGAUCUCUCCCUCCCCAACCCACCCUUUUUUUUCCUCUCCAUUUUCUAUCCUCCCUCUGCCUCCAAAAAAUGAGACAAGUACCCUGUUUAUCUUUUUUUUUUUGGAUGGAAGACCAGAGGUUGCCAGGCCCCCUAUAACUGUUGAGCUGCCUGCUGUCAGGCGAUGCUGAGGGGUGGCUUAGUUCCUCAGGCUGGGACGGAGGCUGGUUGAGUCAGGAGUGGAGGCCUGAGAUAGAGAGCAGGGAAUAAAGCCAGUGCUGACGUUUGUGACCUUUCCUCGUAUCACUGCCACAUCAGAGCUGAUUGGAUUGGAAAAACCUUUGCUGCUGAGGACGCUGAAAGCAUCUGCUCUAAGAGCAGUGCCCCAGGUGCCCUCUUCCUUCCGAGAGGGACUGGGCUAGUCCCACCCCACACGGGAUUGGAGUUUGGAGGGAGGCGCACAGGCACAUAGUAAGUGGGACCCCUUAGGUGCCCCCACCCCGUUUGGGGAAAGAAGGGGUACACUCGUGAGGCAGGGAGAGGGCUGGGAAUGGGUGGCUGGCAUAUUCUCCCCCAUGGGAUUCUCUUUUUAACUUGACCCAGAUUGUCUAGGGCUCCCCUCACUGUCAACGGUCUGCCUCCCUCAGCCAGGCUGUGUGGUGCUUCCCACCCUCAGGCAUAGGGUGCAGACUGGCCAGAGUGCAGUAUUCUGCUGCCGUGGUCAAGGCCAAAGUAUGCCCUGAGCCUGGAAGCCCCUUCCGGGUCCUGGUCCCCCGAACAAUCUCUCUUCCUCGGCUAGCACAGGGAAAUCCAGACUCAGGGUUCCAAAAAUUCCCCACUCCCAAACCAAUCAUGGAUCUCCCCCUUUAGGGGUAGAAUCAGCCUUUCAGAUGGCAGUGUCUGGAGAAGGGAGCAUGUCCCAUAGACUCAGCCUUCCUCCGCCUCCCCUUCUUGGAGCAGUGGGAAGGGCCCAGCGGUCCCACUGCCCUGCUCCUGUGCUGCUGGUCAGCAGUGAGGGGCCACUUGGUGACUCUGCAGGGCUCCUUAGAGAAGUGACAAAGCCCGUAGGAGAUGCAAGGCACCUUUCCUUAGUAAGCUUUGAUGGGGUCCAAAAAGAGCCUUAUUUAAAUCAAGACUAUUUGUGGUGGAGGUGGGUAUGGAGAAGAUUGGAGAGGAGUUUAGGUUUGUGCUUUGUGAUCUUGGCAUCCAUGUUUUGUGCCUGCCCUCCCUCUCGGGGGAAGGGCCAUGCUUGGCUCUGCUAAAAGCUGCUAACUGGUAACAGGGCGGAUUGUGGUGGGCAGUGGGGGUGAGGCCUGAGAACUCUCCUGACCCUUUGGAAGCAAUUCCCUAGCUAAGGGCAAGUUGUCUCUCAGGAAGGUGGCUCCUGUGUGUGCCUGGGUGUAGAUAAGACGUGGGCCAGAAGCCUUCCCUGGAGCUGUCAGUCCAGGCAAAGCCAAGAGCAUCUGAGUGCGUCUCUUGACUUCCCAGUGGCAGGAGGUUGCUCAGAAUCUGAAUUUAGUGAAACAGGGUGUAAGUUCUUCGCACUCUGUGUGGUCUGGCCUUGCAGGUAGGGAGAAGUCAGUCUAACUGAAGAUUGUGCAGGUCCUAGUGACGGGUGCCAAGAGGUUACGAUACGGGUUUCUUGGGUCUGAUGUACAGUGUGAAUAAAUGCUUGCAGCUCUUAGCCCUUUUUUGAUCAAUGAAGCACUUUUUUAUUAAUAUUUUUCUUUGUAUGUAAAGGAGGAACCGUAACUCUCCGUAGCUGUAUAUAUAACCCUUUUCUCCUAAAGAGGAGUUGGUCAGUGCUCCUAUAUUUUUCAUUUUUUGUCAAAGAAGUAAAUACUUUAGAACUGUUAAAUAUAUAAAUAAAGUGAAUAAAGUUUAGUGUUCCGCAUGGUAGCAUUUGCUAACA